UGACGUCUCACCAAGAUCGUGUCUCAAAUCGCAUUAUUCCCCUACUUGUUUUUGCGUUUUGUUCUGUCCAUGAUGCUGCUCAGCUCAGCUGUCUCGCUGCCACAUUGCCGUUUCAUCAACCGUGAUUUGCUGGUUCAUUAAUCAAUCGAUUAAUUAAUCAAGCUAGCUGUGGAGCUAGCUGCUAACCCCUGCAACACACUAAUCAUUUGCUUGUCAUUUUCCAUGCAUCACCAACCAUUAACCAGCUCCUCCACCUGCAUCCCCAUAUACCCACACCAUCUCCAUUGAUCGCCCACACUUCCUCUCUCUCUCUCUCACACCACCUGAUCCGCAGAUCCACCCCUCUCACGCCCUCUCUCCCCAGUGUACCAUGGGGAACAACCCGUCGUGCAUACCGCUGCCACCCUCGCCCGGCUCGUCGUCGGCGUCGUCAAGCAGCACCAGCUGCAAGGUGAUCCACGCCGACGGGAGGGUGACGCGGCUGCCGCGCCCCGUGCGCGCGUCGGAGCUCAUGCUGGACCACCCGGGCAAGUUCGUGUGCGACGCCUGCCGCCUCGCCGUCGGCUGCCGCGUGCCAGGCGUCGCUGCCGACGAGCUCCUCCAGCCGCGCCGCUCUUACUUCCUGCUCCCCAUCGACAUGCUAUACUCCGUGCUCACCGACGAGGAGAUGGCCGCGCUCUCCGCCGCAUCCCACGGCGCCUUGGCCGCGGCGUCCUCGGCCUGGAAGAGGAUCGUCACCAGCGCCACCGCCGCGAGACGACGGGGCGGACACGGGCAGAGUAACGGUGCCGGCAGCGACGGCAGCGCUGCCAGCAGGGUCUUUCCGGUCGUCGGCCUGCUGCAGCUCCAGGGCGAUCACGGCGGCAGCGGUGCUCCAGCCUCCGGCGUCAAGUCGAGCGGCGCCGGCGCCCCCGGGCUGAGGCGGCACCGGUCGUGGAAGCCGGUGCUGGACACCAUCGACGAGGCGCCGUGAAGCGGCGGCCCGAUCGCUUGGUGCUGUUCUUAGUGUUAGGCAGCUAGUUUGAGCUGGCGCGGGAGUGUACAUGAGUUAGCUUCUAGCUUCUUCUUUUUUCUCAUUUUUUUCCCUUUCUGUAAAGUUCACUAUUCUUUUGGCCUGUUGUCCAAUUGAGGAAAAAAUAUAUCAUAAUCCACAAGUAUAGAGUAA